AUGGCGAAGAAACGAAUGAAAGUGUGCUUCAUCAAGCAAGUUACCAGUGGGGAUCGGAGCUCUGUGGACGCGGAGGAUGGCCAAGGGUUACCCGGUCCCCGACAUACACGCAUCCCCCGGACAGCACCAGGAGAAAGGUGCGGGAGGCUCCGGGGGCCGGGAGAGCCCCGGCCGGGCGUGCCCACGCCCCUGUCCCACCGCGGCGAGGGUUGGGGGCGCCUCUCAGGGCCGCAGUCCUCUGGGGUCACCUGGCCCUCUGUCCUGGGCUCCUACGCCAACCCCUGGGGCCCGGAAGGGAGGGGGGCGGCCCCCUGCCGCUGCCACCUGCGGCACCGGUCCCGCAGUUCCCGGGCUUGGUGGGCAGGACAGGGUAGGAGGUCCGUCCCGGGCUGGGGGCGGGACCCGCCGGGCGGUGGGGGACCGGGGCCACCGCAGCGACAACGGCAACAGCGCGUCUUCCGUCUCGGACGGACAGUCCUGCGCCCCGCUGCCUGGACCCUCGGACCCCAGGGUUCGCCCGCCCGACCCGGGAAGACGACGCAGCUGAGGCGCAAAAGAGCCGGCGACCAGCGCGGCGCCUACUCACCGGCUCCGCUCGCUCCCGCCGCGCCGCCGCAGCCCGCAGCCGCCGCGGCUCCCCGAGCUCACGGAUGCUCAGCGAAAGGUCCCUGGGAUCCUACCCGCGCCUCCCGCAGGCGCCUCCAGGGGGCGGGCGAGAGCCGGCGCGAGGCAUCCUGGGAGAUGUAG